GACUUGGUGGAAUGACUAUUGGAGGCUUCAUCCUCGUGCUAAGAGGGAUGCAUUGACUUGGGACCAGAUGGUUACUAUAGUCAAGGACAAGUAUUACCCAGAGGCUCACCAUGCCCAGAUGAUGAAGGACUUUUGGGAGCUCAAGCAGGGACCCCGUCCCGUGGAUGUCUACGAGCGCGACUUCACUCGUAUGUGCGCAUUUGCCCCGAUGCUCGUGGAUACCGACCAGAAAAAGGCCUUUCGAUUCCGUGAUGAUCUUCGCCCCGACCUUUGCUACACCCUGACUGGCCACGGAACUCUGCCUUACUCCGAGAUGGUUCGCCGAGCCACCGAGUUAGAGGUUGGCCAGAAUGCCCAGAGGGUGGCUGUCCCAUCCUAUCAGAAGACCCCUAUGAUUCAGCCUAUCUCAGCUGUUGCGCCCGGUUCUAAUUCGGUCAAGAGGAAGGCCGACUACCAUCAGAACAAAAAGAAAAAAAAGAAAGGGAACUUCGGGAGGC